AGCAUUUUAUUGUAACCUUUUUGUUGAGUUAUAGAGAAAACAUGUAACUUUUCACACUCAAUUUAAGACUGUGCGAGUUUUAAACGUUAUUUUAUAAUGAGUGAUGCAGUGAUUUGACCACGCGUGUCUUAAUGCCGACUUCUAGAGUAUUUGGGACGAGAUCAUUGAUAGUAUACAUUAUUUUCAGACAAUACAUGGCCAAGGCAGACGUACACGCGUUUUUCAGUACUGUGAAAAUAAUAUUUUAAAAAUGAAACGGGAACAAGUUGUCGCCAUUGGCCUACUCCUCCUGAUUUUUUCAUCCUCGAUUCUCGGUUAUCCGGAUUGUCGCUACCCGGACUUCCGGAGCACAGGCUAUACGUACACAGUGGACCGGAACACACCUGCUAAAACCUGGUCGUUUUGUAACUUCCCUAACCCCAAGUAUGACCACGCCCUUUGCGGGAUGCCAGAGAUUGACGGAUAUCAUUACCUUUGUGACCCGGAGAACCUCCUUAGCCAGACAGAUGCCCUGUCAGUUGAUAAUGCCCUAAAGACACUGGUGAACGAUACAAACAUCAACGCAUUAUGCGUUAACAACAACGCACAAGCAGAGAGAGUCGUCAUGACAGUCAUCCUUAUCGACAACAUCCGGGUACCUGAUCUGUCAACCGAUAUGACGUGCGUUAACGAUUGCGGAGAAGUACAACCGACUUUAAAUGUUAGCCAGCGUUCCGCAAGGAUGGAAGAAAUAGACGCUGCCGUGGUGACUUUUGCUGACGGCGUUAGAUCGCACUUAAAUCUGGGCCACUGCGAGAACGACGUUGUUGUAGUAUAUAGCCAGCGAUAUCAUCGGAUCUACACUUCCAUUGGAUAUGCCGUCGGCACACUGAUACACCCAGAUGUUGUUAGCGAGCUAAACGUGAAAUUCAUCGAGGACAGCCUGUCGGGUAACAACAGUUUUACCGCAGCCAUGGUCCGUCUGGUGGGGGCGUACCGGAGCCAGUUCCGACCUGCACUGACUCCUGCACAAAUCCUACUCCUUCUGACGCUCCUCCUGGCCGGCGCUUUAGCGGGGGUCCUUAUGGCGGCAGCGUAUGUCUCCCCUAACAUGAAGACUGUUGAUAUAGAUGUGUGGGGAGAGAACACUACUUGUCGAGUCUUCAGGAUUACCUUAUACAUCUUCACAGGGGUUUGGAUUCUUCACUUGAUCGUGUACAUCGUGUACUAUAUAGAGCAAUAUGCACCCCUAUGGGUCACGCUCAUUUUGGCACUCGUGUUUCUAGUCAGCAUUAUAGUAUUACAUGUGUUCAUGGGAGCGUGAACACUAAUGAUUGUUCGUGGCAUUAUGAGCGGUGACAGCAAUCAUUUAUAUAUUUCACUGAUGCUUAACAUACUUAAGAGUAUAUUAUAUAUGGCCCGAAAACCACCGCCCUUCGUCAGGCACCUGAUAGACCUCCUGACUUAAAGCCACCGCCGAUCCAGUGAAUCCAGCUGGAUUCCGAAAAGGGCCUUUCCGCUUCGUUGGCUCAUUGAUCUAAGGCGUCACUGUCGUUUUAACAUGUACGUCGAUCGCGUUUUUAAAUCCAACGAUGUCCAGUUUAAACAAUAAGUAUCUGAGUGGCACAAUGAGAUGUUUUUUACUUUGCUGACAGUUAUGUUAUGCGGUCUAUUAAUUUUGAAUGAGUGCUGUUGUACUAAGUGAUUUAUGUGUUCCCUUUGGACGAUGCUCUUUAUAGUAUCUCAUCGUCCAAAUCGGCAGAAAGAUUGAAAUUAACACGAAAAACCUAAUCCCUCAAUUGUGAGAUUUCAUUCAUUUUUUUUGUUUGUUUUUGUUUUGUUUGUUUGCUUAAUAAUGACAGAUUUCAAAGUAAAUGAGUUAAAAAUCUUUGUAGGCUAUAUCAGAAACAACACAUCUUUAAAUGGCAUUUAGCUGGCUAGUUCAAGUGGCAUCUCAAGGUCAUGACAUCGGCAGGGAUAACACGUGACAGUAUUGGCGUAAUCGGAUUGGUUCCUGUCAGUGGACGUGUUCCGAAAUCAUGAUGAACUAAUCGGAAGUGACAGUUUUGACAUCGACUACCAUCAGCCAAGAGAGAGGUCAGGAGCAUCCUUCAAGGAGAUACGGACUAUAUCGUAUCCAUCGAUCAAUUUGAUGUUUGUUUGUAGCAAAGGGGCUUCCUCUAGAGCCAGUGGUCGGAUUGAAUUAGGCUUAGUAAAUUUACCAGAAUUCUUGUUUUGUUUUGGAUGCUUUCUUUUGCACCUAGUUUUGGUUACGUAUACGUUGUUAUUGGCAUUGUUGAAAAUAAAACGCA